GCGGGUCCCGCCGGCGCGAGCGUGACGCUUCAGCGGAGCUCCCAGCACCGCCGCGCUCCUGCAUCCCGAGCCCGAGCCGUCGCGAGCCAGGCAUGGCCACCCCGCCCAAGAGGUUCUGCCCUUCUCCCUCCGCCAGCUCCGAGGGGACACGCAUCAAGAAGAUCUCCAUCGAGGGGAACAUCGCCGCUGGGAAGUCCACAUUCGUGAACAUCCUGAAGCAAGUCUGUGAGGACUGGGAAGUGGUUCCUGAGCCAGUUGCCAGGUGGUGCAACGUUCAGAAUACGCAAGAUGAGUUUGAGGAAUUGACAACGUCCCAGAAAAGUGGUGGGAAUGUUCUUCAAAUGAUGUAUGAGAAACCGGAACGGUGGUCUUUUACCUUCCAAUCCUAUGCCUGUCUCAGCCGGAUCCGAGCUCAGCUCGCCUCCCUCAAUGGCAAGCUCAAAGAUGCAGAGAAACCGGUAUUAUUUUUUGAGCGAUCUGUGUAUAGUGACAGGUAUAUUUUCGCAUCUAAUUUGUAUGAAUCUGACUGCAUGAAUGAAACAGAGUGGACAAUAUAUCAGGACUGGCAUGACUGGAUGAAUAGCCAGUUUGGGCAAAGUCUUGAACUGGAUGGAAUCAUUUAUCUACGAGCUACUCCAGAGAAAUGCUUAAAUAGGAUAUAUUUACGGGGAAGAAACGAAGAACAAGGCAUUCCUCUUGAAUAUUUAGCGAAACUUCACUAUAAACAUGAGAGCUGGCUCCUUCAUCGAACUCUGAAAACCAACUUUGAUUAUCUUCAGGAGGUGCCUAUCCUCACCCUGGAUGUCAACGAAGACUUUAAAGACAAGCAUGAAAGCCUGGUUGAAAAGGUUAAAGAGUUUUUGAGUACUUUGUGAUUGAACGGGAGCCUGCAGGCAACAGAAUGUCUCCAGAAGCUUCUGUCUGCGUGUCCUCAUAGCUUGAUUUCAUACAAAGGUCUCCAUAGGAGUCACGUUUUUAAACCAGUUUCGUUGUAAGGAGAACAACCUUUUCUUUGUAUAUGUAUUUUAUUUAAUAUUCAGAAUCCCCUGUAAAACGUCGUGCCCCGCCUUUCCUCCCUUUCUUCCUCACUUCCUUCGGUUUUGAAUCAGAGGUGUUUCUCUCUCACACCAGGAAGUCUGGAGGUAGAUGUUCUCAGGAUCAGUGAAGUGAGUUAGGAAAGGCCCAGCCUCCCUCCGCCUUCUCGGUCGUUAUCCUGAGCAGGUAGACAUGUCUUCAUUAGUAUCUCACUCCGUUAGUGUUACACAGGGAGGAUGUACAUCUUUUGUAAGUUAGCACAGCUAUUACAGGCUGAAAGGAGUAGUUUGGGGAAUCCCUAGAAUAGGGGUUUGUUUGAUGUGUGUUUUGUUUUUCAUCUUAUUCCCUUUGGUGGUGCUGGACAUCAAACCCAGGGUCUCAUUUAUGCUAGGGAACCUUUCUACAGUGAACUGUCUCAGCCCUGUAGUGUUGUUUUUAUCAAGUGCCUCUCCUUCCACCCCACUUAAAGUUGACGAUAAGACCAUGUGAUCAUCACCUUGUUGAUGUUUAUUCAUGUGCCUGUGGUGCAUUUGUAGAGAAAGAGGUUAAAUUCUGUUCCCAGUGUGGUAAUGGUGUAAUUACUUUAUAAAUCAUUUAAUCUUUACGUGUUUCUUCAUCUGUGAUGAGUACUUUUUUCUUUUUUUGUGAAAGUAAAUUUUAGAGAAUGGAAGAAUAUCUAAAAGGUAGCUAAGACAUUAUUACAUGAGUAUAAAACUUCAUUAAAUUAGCUACUGCUUUUCUUGAAUUACUAUAAUUUAAAUGCUUGUUUACGUUUUGCUUUUGUGGUUUUUCUUUUGUUUUUUUGUUUGUUUGUUUUUUGAGACAAAGUCUCUUUACAGCUCUGGCUAACCUGGAAUUCAGUAUAGAGACCGGGCUAGCCUUGAACUCAGAGAGCUCCACCCACCAGAGCUGGGAUGCUGGAAUUAAAAACACACAACACCGCACCUGGCUCUGAUUUUCUUGAAAUCACUUGAGAUACAAGUAUAGUUCUUCCUCUCUUUCUUUCAGUUUUUAUGUAAAAUGAUGAUAGAACAUGAUGACAAGUUUUGCAUUGGCCCUGUAUUGAUAAUUAGUCUCUCUGCCUUUAUACAUGGUAAGACACAGUGGUAGAUGGUGGAGCGUUUCAGCUAUCCAGUCAGCUCCUGCUGGGCCAUCUAAGAUGGAAGUCACACUCUUCUGCUGGGAGACUGUUGUGAUCACAACUUCGCUUCAUAGUUUGCUUUGUAGAGUUUUUCUUAAAUCUCUUAUACUCACAGAGAAAUAAUUGAUAAAACAAUUUUGCUUUAUAUAUAGUGCUUCAUGGAAAUGUUACAGUUUUUUGUUGAACUAGGAAAUAACUAAGGCUUUAAGUUCCUGUUAACAAUGCAUGUAUCUCUAAACCACUUUGAUGUUUAGCUGGGAACGUCCUGUCUAUAAUUAAAGAAGUAUUUUUAUUUUUUUUUUUCCAGUGUAGUCUUUUCAAGUUAAGUUCUGCAUUAUUUUUACCAGGUAAUUAGCCUUUCUACUUCACAUUAGGAAAAACGUGUAAUUUCUUGAAAUGAAGAAUCACAUUUAUUUUGAAGCUAUAAUUUUCCUUUGUAAAAAUGUUACCUUUUAUUUUUGGUUUCUUAUUCAAAGAUGAUAAUUUAGUGGGUUAACUGGUACAGUAGCACUGAUCUUUGAAAAGGGGAUUCAACUUUAAAUCUGUAAUAACAAAAAAUAAAUUGUCUUGUGAUAUAUCUGACCUUUUUCUUGCUUGAUAUAAAUAAAUUUGGCACCUUAAAUGUUUGUCAAUAAAUACAUUUAAAUUUUUUGAACUAUA